UCCCUUUCUAAAAACUCGCCACUUUCUCUCUCUUAUUCCUUUUCAUUCUGCAAUGCAAUCUCUUCUGUCCUAUUAGUAAGUCCUAGAAAGAUCCAAAUUCGAGCCUAUUCUAAGAAGCAGAUGACGUUAUUUGACAGGGUGCCCGAAAUCCUUAAUGAGUAACUUAGCAAGAGGAGAAGGCAAAUGCUGCCCCAGCUGUUUCCUGUUGAAAAUGUCUCUGUAAUGUAGAUAAAUGUGAGGGAUUUUCUCUCCAAAUCCGUCUCCUGUUCGCUAAAUCUCACUUCUCCACAACGAGCCUGCGCAAUGGAACAAAGUCGGAAUAUUGAGAUGUGACAUUGCCCGCAUCUCAUCCUCUUUCUCGCUUUUUAAUGACUUCAAACAAGUUCAUUUUUGCUGGGCUUUUGCUGGAGACCCAAGGGGAUGUCUAGCGGUCAUUUCUUCCAGGGGCAUUGGUGUGAUGUCUUUAAGUGUACCAUGCGCUGUCUCUCGUGCACCCACACCCUGUCACUGGUGCUGUGCGUCCUCGCGUUGACUCCCCCGACACUGGAGGCGGGGCCGGAGACGCUGUGCGGGGCGGAGCUUGUAGACACGCUGCAGUUUGUGUGUGGAGACAGGGGCUUUUAUUUCAGCAAACCGACAGGAUAUGGGCCUAGUUCGAGACGGUCCCACAAUCGCGGCAUCGUGGAUGAAUGCUGCUUUCAGAGCUGUGAGCUGAGGCGCCUAGAGAUGUACUGUGCGCCCGUAAAGCCCGGCAAAACUCCACGAUCCCUACGAGCGCAACGACACACAGACGGUACCAGGACAGCAAAGAAACCUAUAUGUGGACAUAGCCACUCUUCCUGUAAGGAGGUCCAUCAGAAGAACUCGAGCCGAGGAAACACAGGGGGCAGAAACUAUCGCAUGUAGAGGACAGUAGGGCGAAUGGCUGAGAGAGACAAGUGAAACAGUUGGACAGAGGAAAUCAAGUGGAAAGAAAGACUGAA